AUGCUCACCUGUUGGUUUUAUUCAGAAUCAACUCCUGACUUUCCAAGUGAUUCUCACAAUGUCAACUGUAAAGGAGCCAACAAUGAUCGUUGCAAGUGCAAGUCAGUUAAACUGGGUCUCAAGACCUACCUAAAGAAUAAUUACAACUAUGUGAUUCGUGCAAGGGUGAAGGAGAUUAAAAGCAGGAAUCAUGACUUGAGUGCAAUCGUGGAGGUCAAAGACAUCCUGAAGUCUUCCUUUGUCAACAUCCCUCGUGAUAUGGUCACACUGCACUACAACUCUGGCUGUCCCUGUCCUCCUCUCACCGCCAACGACGAGUAUAUCAUCAUGGGUUAUGAGAAUGAGGAGAGGUCCAGGCUUCUGCUCAUCGAAGGCUCCAUUGCACAGAAGUGGAAGGACCGUAUGGGGAGGAAGGUGAGGCGUUGGGACCAGGUACUGAGGGACCAGAGCCGGGGGAACUCUGGCGGAAGCAAUAUGCGGAGGAGCCGCCACUGAUCAACCAAGACGCGUCCCUGUGCAGUGAUGAUAGGGUUGCAAAAAAACUUCCCAGGUUUUCCAGAAAUCUUGGUUUGAAGAUUUUGGGAAUCAUGAGGAAAUAAGCAAUCUGCAGUCGUUAAACCAGGAUUUGUGGAAAACCUGGGAAUUUGGGGAAAGUUACAGAAAUUUUGCAGCCCCAAGUGAUGACAUAUGGGACAACAUAUGGAGACAAAGAUGGAAAGAAAAGUGUUUGCAGACAUAAAACUGAGAAAUUGCACUAUUGCACGUUUAUUUUUGAACCAUUCAUAGCUGAAUGUAGAUCCUUUUUUAGUUGUUGCUUUGUUUUGUAUUAUUUUUGUUUAAUUCUUUGUUGUUUUCAUAAUCUUUUUUUUGCACAAACAAAAUGUUCAUUUAACUGUGCUAAAUGUGUGGGUAUACAGUUGGAGAAUGAUUGGGAGCCUUGCAUGGGACUUUGCUGGAGGAGUGACAAUGACUGCAUCCCAAAUGGCAACCUAUUACCUACAGUACA